AUGAACCUGGAGCAUGACCUCUUAUAUGGUGUAAAGCCUAGCUAUAUUCAAACCACAUCGUUCCCACUUUGUAUCAAUAAUAUGAAUAACAUGGAUAAUAUAUUAUCAACAGAAAAGUACAAUGAAGAAAAACAUUACUGUCAGACCAGCCAGAGACCCGAUUCAUUUGCUGUAGAGGAGCCGCUCCACUACCCGUCUACCAAACGAGAUCUCAAUGCACGCCAUGCGCUCUUCAUUGCCUGGGGUGGCACUGUUGGGACCGGCCUUUUUAUUACAACUGGCAAGGCUCUUGCGACUGGUGGACCAGCAUUCCUCGUUGGAAGCUACGUCUUUGCAUCCAUUUUGGUGUACUUCAUCCUUACGGGAGUCAUCGAGAUGGCCACCUUUCUUCCCGUUCGCGGUGGCUCCAUGAGUCGGUACGGCAGUCGCUUCGUGUCUAGGAGUCUCGGUUUCGCCAUGGGUUGGCUCUAUGUCUACUCUUUCGCCUUACUAGUUCCCUUCGAACUUACGGCAUGCGCUCUCCUCAUAGACUUUUGGCAACCCGGUGUCAGCAGCGCGGUUUGGAUCACCAUUCUGCUAGUCUUAUUAGUCAUUCUUAAUGUCUUACCAGUAAGAUUCUACGGCGAAGCGGAAUUCUUCUUCACUGGUGUCAAACUGGCCACCAUCAUCGGCCUGCUUCUUCUGUCGUUUAUCUUGUUUUGGGGAGGAGGUCCUGACAAGAACAGGCUCGGGUUCCACUACUGGAAAGUUCCUGGUGCGGCAAAUACCUUGAUCCUGGAAGGUGACGCUGGCAGACUCGUCGCCGCUAUCGCGACUGUCAUCAGCAGCAUCUUGCCCUUCACGUUUACACCCGAGAUGGUGGUCGGAACAGCAGCCGAGAUCAAAGAGCCAAGGAAAAAUGUGCCAAGGGUCGCGAAACAUUUCAUCUGGCGCCUGAUUGUUCUUUUCGUUGGCAGCGUUGUUGGCAUCUCCGUUAUCUGCCCCUCUAAUGCCUCCACCCUCACACGCGGAAGUGAUGCUGCAUCCUCACCGUGGGUUGCGGGCAUCCACCAAGCUGGGAUACGGGGCUUGGACAGCGUUAUCAACACUGUGGCACUGGUCGCCGCUUGGUCAACGGGUAACGCGUUCCUUUACCUCUCCAGUCGAUGUCUUCACUCCAUGGCCAUGGAGGGUAACGCGCCUCAAAUCUUUCAACGGUGCACUGUGAAGGGAGUGCCCAUCUACGCUGUGGGGGGGACUGCUUGUGUCUCUCUUCUGGCCUAUUUGACCCUCAACUCUUCCUCGGCGGCCAUCUUAAACUGGCUGUUGAACUUAGUCAACACUGGCGGGUUCUUGUCCUGGGUCUGCUGCUCCAUUACGUAUCUUCGGUUUCGAAGAGCCUGUGAUGUGCAGGGAAUUCCCAAGUCGGAGCUCACGCAGAGGUCCACGCUACAACCAUACACGUCAUGGAUUACGCUCGUUUUGUUCAGCAUAUUGUGUCUUCUGAACGGUUUUACAGUCUUUUUCCCGUCCGAAUGGUCAAUUGCUUCCUUUAUAUCAGCAUAUUUAGGUUUGCCGGCGUUUCUUAUCUUGUAUUUUGGUCACAGAUUCACUGACCACAAAGAGCCUUGGGUUAUUCCGUCGCAUCUUGUGGAUCUACAACUAGACCCAGCAGAGUUGGAUGAUCACUGA